ACCGCGCUGUGGAGGCGGCGGCCAUCUUGGCGGCGGAGCGAUGAGCGGGUUGAACCCGAAGGCUGCUGCCGCGGCGUCGGCAGCUGGGCCCGGGGGGCUGGUGGCUGGCAAGGAAGAGAAGAAAAAGGCGGGAGGCGGCGUCCUGAACCGUCUGAAGGCGCGGCGGCAGGCGUCCCACCACGCGGCCGAUGACGGCGUCGGGGCAGCGGUCACGGAGCAGGAGCUGCUGGCGCUGGACACCAUCCGGCCCGAGCACGUCCUGCGCCUCAGCCGGGUCACCGAGAAUUAUUUAUGUAAACCUGAAGACAACAUCUACAGUAUUGAUUUCACCCGCUUCAAAAUUCGAGAUUUGGAGACAGGGACAGUGCUUUUUGAGAUCGCCAAACCUUGCGUUUCAGACCAGGAGGAGGAUGAGGAGGAAGGAGGUGGAGACGUAGACAACAGUGCAGGACGUUUUGUUCGUUACCAGUUCACACCGGCAUUUCUCCGCCUCCGGACGGUCGGGGCUACGGUGGAGUUCACAGUGGGAGACAAACCUGUGUCAAACUUCCGGAUGAUCGAACGGCACUAUUUCCGGGAACACUUGCUGAAAAACUUUGACUUUGAUUUUGGCUUCUGCAUCCCCAGCAGUAGGAACACUUGUGAACAUAUCUAUGAGUUUCCCCAGCUUUCGGAGGAUGUCAUUCGUCUGAUGAUUGAAAAUCCUUACGAGACCCGCUCUGACAGCUUCUACUUUGUUGACAACAAGCUGAUAAUGCACAACAAGGCUGAUUAUGCCUAUAACGGAGGCCAGUAAGUGCUGCAGGAGUAGACAGGGGAGGUGCUUUGCUGCGGCCACAAGAUCCUGGCACACAGAGGCGAUUGAAGCUGCAGUUUGUCAACACACAUCUGGAACCUGGCCCCAGGAAGCCAAGGCUGGGGUGGAAGUUUCCUAUGUGCCAAAGGAGGUGCCAAAUAGUGCUGUGUUUUCUUCCCCAGUAUUUUUUCUUCCCUUUUUUUCCCCCCUGUCCCUUAGGUCUCAGAGGUACUAUAGUAAAGUAAAAAGUUAGGAUAAAGCUCCUGGAAUCCAGAUAAAAAAAGUUUUAUUUUUCUGUAGUUCUGGCUGCCUGUUGGUUGUCUUGACGAACGCUUUGUCUCUCCAGGCAUAGCUGUGCCUGGUGAGAAGGCUCCGGCCAGGCCUACUGGCAGGUCUGCAGCUCUUGAGGUUCCUGGGUGCUGUGGGAAGCCAAGAGGUAGGCCUCUUCCAGGUAGCUCCUCCUCUUCCCUCUGGAGUUGCCAUCAGCACAGUCUGCCCUUGGUCUGUGCGAAGUCUUACGCCAACUGGAAGAAACUUGAAAGGGUCGGGGGUGGUAAGGCUCCAAGAGUGGAGGCACCAAGAAAUGGGGAUGUGCCAAACUGAAGGAUCUGCUUUGUGGAGAGGCUGCUGCUUCAUCUCACCUCCAGGGUCCUCAGCCAGCCCUCCAGAGGAUAGACCAAGGUUUCAGCCUGGCAGUGCCUUCUGUUCUCAUUUUGGAGGACAGAUAAGCUUGCUCCGCUUCUCCUGGCUCCUCCCUUCUGAGUCUCUUAUGAAAUAGAACGUGUCAGCUCUGCUCACAGAACAGUAGUAUCUUGAGGCCAGAGAGCAAGACUUGAAUUUUGUUUAUUUCCAGACUUCUUUUGGGGAGGUUUUAUAAAAUGACUGGUGUUCCCAGCAUAUGUGAUACGUGGUUAGACUUGUGAUUGUAUUAAUCAGCUUCCUGGGGCUAAUCUGGCUUAUGUUUGGGAGGAUAUGUUUAAAAAUCAGCCGCAGGUUUCUAACGGAGAGAUUUGACUUUUCUCUGCACUGCGCAGCCUGGAGGAUUGGCUUUUGAUGGGGAUUUGCCUCCAAAGCUCUUUGUAGAUUUCUGUUUUGGGGGGGUUUUCCUAUCUACCUUUCUACUGAAGUAGUUUCUGGAACUAUCCUGGUGGAUCAGAGCUACAUAAUGCAAUCUGAUGCUUCAAACUGUAGUUAGAAUUGUUUUAGGUAUUCAGAAAGGGUGAAAUAGGCUGAGGUGGCCUGUCAGAGUGAUGUCUUCUCAUAAAAGUUCCCUUGCACAUCUGCGGGCUGCUUUUGUCCUCAGACCCUUAGUGGACAGACUUCACGACCCUCUGAUGAGAUGAUUGAUGUGGUCAGGGUCCAGUUAACAUCAGUAGAAGAAUGUCCCUAGGAAAGACCCAGGUAUCUGGUAAGUGACUGUUAGGUGUAACAGUACCUGUGACAGGAGAGCUGCGUCCCAAAGUGCUUGGGAGAAAAGCUGUAUGGGGGCCAGGGACAAAAGAGACAGCACGUAGCCACAGAAGUUCCUGCAUAUCCACCACCAGAGCUGCUCCCUGUGUGGGCUCUAGAGUGAGUGGCCCUGAACCUUGACCCAGUGCUUUGUACCAGGCCAGAGUCUUGGCGAUGCCACAUGCUGGCAGCUUUCUCACUGAGAAGGUCUUAGCUUACCCCCAUGUGUUGGCAUUGGACUCAGCCCUGAGAGAGGGAAGAGAUCAUGCACCCUGUGGAAUGGGUUUCUUAUCACCAGACCGGCCACACUCAGAACUGGCGUCCAUUGUAAAUCCAGGUGCCUUAUGUGUGGCUCUGUCCCUUAUGCUGCUGGGAAAAGCUGCAUAGCCAUUGUUCCCACCUCCUCAUUGGCAGAUGUCAGCACAGUUAGCACUGUCUCCCCACCUUCUGUUUUUCAUUGUGGCUCCUCAAAUGGGAUUUGCAUGUUCCUGUCAAGCUUAACAACAGUCCCUUCUCUCUUUGACAGAGGCCCAGGUGGUGAGUUUUUACUAUUUGAUAUUUGAACAUUAUCUGGGAUAUGGUUCUGGAGCUACCCAGAGCUCUGCUCAGUAGAGUGUGUCUUGGAAACAUGCCCCUGGGCAGACUGUAUCUAGUACUCUAGUGGGCUAGCUCUUAUCUGCAGUGUUUGCUUUUGCUAGGAAGAGGACCUGGAGGAAGGAGGAGGUGGGCAAUCUGGCUUGUGUUGUGCUGUAUCCUCUUCCUUGUUAGCUUGCCUUAGUCUCGCUGGAGACCAUUUGCAAACAGUGCUUGGUCCAUGCCCAGCAGGACAGGGCUUUAUUACUCCUGAAAGUCUGGUGUUCUGUAUCUGGGGCUCUGGGUUCCUGUGCCUAGCUGCUCAGGAAAUCUUGAGAAGCAUUCCCACUCUGGGGUGUUAACCAGGAUGAGUUUGAAAUUCAAGUCUUUUCUUUGUUACCUGAGCUGGGGAGAAAAAAUUGCAAGGCAUACUUUCUCUGAAAGUAACAGAACCAGUCAGGCUGCCAUGUUAUUAAGGAAUCGUUAUCUUGUGGGUGAUAAAAUGGGAGGGAGAAGAAAAACUACCUGCAUAGGGGGCCCUGCCCUCUGUCAGGAGGUGGGAGCACAUUUCCUCAGAAUAGCAGGCCCACCUGUUGCCACAGGGCUUGCCCCCUCACCCCUUCCCCUCUUGCUUCUGUUCCUCUGCCUUGCAGUCUCCUGGAGAGGGCCUCUUUUCCUGUACAGCCUUUGGGCCAAGAUGCCUUUCUAGCUUCUCCAAAGAAGAUCCUAGUUUAUUUCAUUCUAUGUUUUAAAAGUUAAACAGAGGACAUAACAAGUAAAAGAGGUUUUGAGCUGGAGUAGGCUGUUGUCUCCUUAUGUAUUAGCUCAAUACUAUUUUGGAGAGAAAGCAUUUUUUCAGCAUGUACUUCCUGAAGACACCUCAGUCUUUGGGCUGUUUGAUUUGCAAUACAUAGGAUGGAAGAAUGUGAUCUGGGGCUGACCAUAAACUGGAAAUUCGUGAAAUGGCAGUGAUUGGGCAAUUGUCAGUUUAUGUUUUCAGUUGAAGUAGAACUCAUUCUGGGGUGGAUUUAAUAGGCUGUGUCUAAUGUACAAACUGGGUGAGUCCUGCCUUAGCGUGUCCUGCCCCACCGCUAGGUUUCCAGCAUAUUCUUUUUUCCCCUCUGUAAAGUUACUUUCUUCUGAUGCCCAGUGUCACUAUGAUAUCAGUGAGGUUUGGGGGUGAGGACACUGUCCAGAAGUUCACAGGACAGACUUGUCCCAGUGCAUGAGGAUUCCUGUGGCAUAAGGUGCUGCUGUACCUGAUGUAGGAGCCUAAUCAUUGAACCAUGUGUUACUCACAUUCCAUGUCAUGGAACAUCUCAGCCUGAAGAAGGAUCUGCUGGAGGUGGAUUUACCGCUUGUUUUACAAAGGACUGUGUAAAGUCAUUGAAGUUGUAAAAGUCUAUUUUUUUUUUUCCUGUAAAUCUAUUUUUUACAGAAUAUAAGAAACAUCAAUGACCUGAUCUGUCCUUCCUCCUGCUCCCCACUUCACCCAAGAUCCACAUUCCAGUUUUUAUUGUCUUUGUGUCCAAAGUAAACUAGGUGACUUAUUUGUGUAAAAUGUUAUUUUGCCACAAGAGACAGUAAUAAAAGAAAGAUUUUCACAGUA